AUGUCUUUAUACAUCAACGAACUGAGCGGAAUUGAUGAGACCAGUGCUACUGGUAGUCAGGAAUCUCCUUUCAAGACUGCUGCGUAUGCAUUGUUCACUGCUCGUGAACAAUCAGAGGAACCAAAAUUAUUCACAUUUAAGCAAGAUAGUGAGAACGGUGACGGCUACGUACCAAUUACACCAAGUGCUCUAAAAAAAGCUCGUAAAGGAUGUGACGGUUUGAAGAAGAAGCUUGUUAAGCAGCAAGAGCUAGAAAAGAGAAAACAAGAACAGCAAGAAGCAGAGAAUCAGAAGAAACUGGCUUCCUUGAACAUUACGAUCGAAGAGGAUCCCUCUUUGCCACCAGCUCAAAGAAUGAAGGUUGAGAAAACCUACUCUGCUGCUGGCCAAAGAGUGAAAGUUUCAGGAUGGAUUCACAGAAUCCGUAACAAUAAAUCUUUAGUCUUUGUGGUCCUGAGAGACGGUACCGGUUACUUGCAAGCCGUUCUUCCAGGUGAUUUGGCUCGUGCUCACCAAACUUCCACUUUGACUCUAGAAACCUCCAUCACAUUGUAUGGUACAAUAACAAAGCUUCCAGAAGGAAAGACAGCCCCAGGUGGUGUUGAAUUGACCGUGGACUACUAUGAAAUUGUCGGACUAGCCCCAUCAGGUGAAGAUUCCUUUACCAACAAGAUAGCAGAGGGUGCUGAUCCCUCUUUGUUGUUGGACCAACGUCAUCUGGCUUUGAGAGGUGAGACCCUUUCUGCUGUAAUGAAGGUUCGUGCUGCCUUUUUGAAGGCUGUCCGUGCCUUCUAUGACAAGUUCGGCUUCACGGAAGUAACCCCACCUUGUAUGGUUCAAACGCAAGUGGAAGGUGGUUCAACACUUUUCAAACUUGAUUACUACGGUGAGGAGGCAUACUUGACUCAAUCGUCACAACUAUAUCUGGAAACUCUUUUGGCCAGUCUUGGUGACGUCUACUGUAUUCAGGAGUCGUUCCGUGCUGAAAGAUCUCACACAAGAAGACAUCUUUCAGAAUACACGCACAUUGAAGCUGAAAUGUGUUUCUUGGACUUCGAUGAGUUUUUGACACACAUCGAAAGUUUGAUCACCAACGUCGUUCAGGCAGUGGUUGACGACCCUAUUGCUGGUCCUUUGGUAAAGCAAUUGAACCCAGACUUUAAAGUUCCACAGAUGCCAUUCAUGAGACUCGAGUAUAAGGAUGCCAUCAAAUGGUUGAAUGAACACGAUAUCAAGAACGAAGAAGGCGAGGAUUUCAAAUUCGGUGAUGACAUUGCUGAGGCAGCAGAAAGAAAGAUGACCGACACAAUUGGUGUGCCUAUUCUAUUGACCAGAUUCCCUGUGGAAAUUAAGUCAUUCUAUAUGAAGCGUUGUGCAGAUGAUCCAUCAGUCACAGAGUCUGUUGAUGUGUUGAUGCCAACUGUCGGUGAAAUCACUGGUGGCUCUAUGAGAAUCGAUGACACCAAAGAACUUAUGGAAGGUUUUGCCCGUGAGGGAAUCAACACAGACGCGUACUAUUGGUUCAUUGACCAAAGAAAAUAUGGUACAUGUCCUCAUGGUGGUUACGGUAUUGGUACCGAGCGUAUUUUGGCCUGGCUGUGCGAUAGAUUUACUGUUAGGGACUGUUCCUUGUACCCCCGCUUCAGUGGUAGAUGUAAGCCUUGA